AUGAGGUCAGAGAAGAGCAAAGGUACAGAUGAGGUCAGAGCAAAGGUACAGAUGAGGUCAGAGAAGAGCAAAGACGCUGGACCAAACACUCUGCCGCGCGGCACGCGCGGCCGAGUGUUUGGUCACUUGGUCACCAAAGGACCAAGAGAGACUAGGAGGAGGAGAGACAAGGAGGAGGGAGGAGGGACUAGGAGGAGGAGAAACAAGGAGGAGGGAGGAGAGACUAGGAGGAGGAGAGACAAGGAGGAGGGAGGAGGAGAGACCAGGAGGAGGAGAGACAAGGAGGAGGGAGGAGAGACCAGGAGGAGGAGAGCCAAGGAGGAGGGAGGAGAGACCAGGAGGAGGAGAGCCAAGGAGGAGGGAGGAGAGACCAGGAGGAGGAGAGACAAGGAGGAGGGAGGAGGGACUAGGAGGAGGAGAAACAAGGAGGAGGGAGGAGAGACUAGGAGGAGGAGAGACAAGGAGGAGGGAGGAGAGACCAGGAGGAGGAGAGACAAGGAGGAGGGAGGAGAGACCAGGAGGAGGAGAGCCAAGGAGGAGGGAGGAGAGACCAGGAGGGAGGAGAGACCAGGAGGAGGAGAGACAAGGAGGAGGGAGGAGAGACCAGGAGGAGGAGAAACAAGGAGGGGGGAGGAGAGACAAGGAGGAGGAGAGCCAAGGAGGAGGGAGGAGAGACCAUGGAGGAGGAGAGACAAGGAGGAGGAGGAGGGACUAGGAGGAGGAGAGACAAGGAGGAGGGAGGAGAGACCAGGAGGAGGAGAGAGUAGGAGGAGGGAGGAGAGACCAGGAGGAGGAGAGACAAGGAAGGGGAGGAGGGACCAGGAGGAGGAGAGACCAGGAGGAGGAGAGAGUAGGAGGAGGAGGAGAGACCAGGAGGAGGAGAGACAAGGAGGAGGAGAGCCAAGGAGGAGGGAGGAGAGACCAGGAGGAGGAGAGACAAGGAGGAGGGAGGAGAGACCAGGAGGAGGAGAGACCAGGAGAGGAGGAGAGACAAGGAGGAGGGAGGAGAGACCAGGAGGAGGAGAAACAAGGAGGAGGGAGGAGGGACUAGGAGGAGGAGAGACAAGGAGGAGGGAGGAGAGACCAGGAGGAGGAGAGACAAGGAGGAGGGAGGAGAGACCAGGAGGAGGAGAGACAAGGAGGAGGAGGAGGACCAGGAGGAGGAGAGAACAAGGAGGAGGGAGGAGGACCAGGAGGAGGAGAGAACAAGGAGGAGGAGGAGAGACCAGGAGGAGGAGAGACAAGGAGGAGGGAGGAGAGACCAGGAGGAGGAGAGCAAGGAGGAGGAGGAGAGACCAGGAGGAGGAGAGACAAGGAGGAGGGAGGAGAGACCAGGAGGAGGAGAGACAAGGAGGAGGAGACAACAAGGAGGAGGGAGGAGGGACUAGGAGGAGGAGAGACAAGGAGGAGGGAGGAGAGAGACCAGGAGGAGGAGAGCCAAGGAGGAGGGAGGAGAGACCAGGAGGAGGAGAGACAAGGAGGAGGAGGAGAGACAGGAGGAGGAGAGACAAGGAGGAGGGAGGAGAGACCAGGAGGAGGAGAGCCAAGGAGGAGGGAGGAGAGACCAGGAGGAGGAGAGACAAGGAGGAGGGAGGAGAGACCAGGAGGAGGAGAGACAAGGAGGAGGGAGGAGAUACCAGGAUUGAGGAGAGACAAGGAGGAGGAGGAGAGAGGAGAGGAGAGCAAGGAGGAGGAGAGCCAAGGAGGAGGGAGGAGAGAGAACCAGGAGGAGGAGAGACAAGGAGGAGGGAGGAGAGAGACCAGGAGGAGGAGAGAGUAGAAGGAGGGAGGAGAGACCAGGAGGAGGAGAGACAAGGAGGAGGGAGGAGAGACCAGGAGGAGGAGAGAGUAGGAGGAGGGAGGAGAGACCAGGAGGAGGAGAGACAAGGAGGGGAGGAGGGACCAGGAGGAGGAGAGACCAGGAGGAGGAGAGACAAGGAGGAGGAGGAGAGACCAGGAGGAGGAGAGCAAGGAGGAGGGAGGAGGAGAGACCAGGAGGAGGAGGAGAGACAAGGAGGAGGGAGGAGAGACCAGGAGGAGGAGAGACAAGGAGGAGGAGAGAGAAUGAUAUUAGGAGGAGACAACAAGGAGGAGGAGGAGAGAGUAGGAGGAGGAGGAGAGACAAGGAGGAGGGAGGAGAGACCAGGAGGAGGAGAGACAAGGAGGAGGGAGGAGAGACCAGGAGGAGGAGAGACAAGGAGGAGGGAGGAGAGACCAGGAGGAGGAGGAGAGACCAGGAGGAGGAGAGACAAGGAGGAGGAGAGACCAGGAGGAGGAGAGAGUAGGAGGAGGAGGAGAGCCAAGGAGGAGGGAGGAGAGACCAGGAGGAGGAGAGACAAGGAGGAGGGAGGAGGAGAGACCAGGAGGAGGAGGAGACCAGGAGGAGGAGAGACAAGGAGGAGGAGAGACCAGGAGGAGGGAGGAGGGACUAGGAGGAGAGACCAGGAGGAGGAGAGACAAGGAGGAGGGAGGAGAGACCAGGAGGAGGAGAAACAAGGAGGAGGGAGGAGGGACUAG